CAGAACGUAAACGAGAAAUCGCUCGGUCUUCGCUGCUCCAAGCCGCUUGGUGGCCAGGACACGGCCCCGUCCGCCUGGUUCCCUCCUGCCCCCCUUGCCUUUCUCACCUCCUCCUCCUGCUCCCCUCUCGCCGCUUCUUCCUCCGCUCCUGGACUUUUUUGACUGCAUGUUCAGCCACACCGCCUCCCUGAUCAUCUUCACUCUGGCCCCGCCGCAGCCUCGGCGAGCAUGGACAGCCGGGUUCUCGAGCAUCCUCACGCCCAGUUCGGCGGCUCCUUGGGCGGGCUGGUGGGCUUCCCAUACCCGCUCGGUCCCCAUCACCACCAUCACCACCACCAGCACGUCUACGAGCUCACCAACGGACACCAGCUGCAGUCUGCGGCCGCCGUGCCCUUCUCUAUAGACGGAUUACUGAACGGCUCCUGCUCGGCCUCGGUGGUCACCUCCAACCCGCUGCUCUCAUCCGACAGCCCGCAGUUCAAACUCUCAGAUUCUGGAGACCCGGAUAAGGACAGCCCGGGUUGCAAACGCAGGAGAACCAGGACGAAUUUCACAGGGUGGCAGCUGGAGGAGCUCGAGAAGGCUUUUAACGAGAGUCACUAUCCGGAUGUGUUCAUGCGGGAGGCGCUUGCGCUCAGGCUGGACCUCGUGGAGUCCAGGGUUCAGGUGUGGUUCCAAAACAGACGAGCCAAAUGGAGGAAAAAGGAGAACACAAAGAAGGGACCAGGGCGGCCUGCUCACAACUCCCAUCCGACCACGUGCAGCGGGGAGCCCAUGGACCCAGAGGAAAUCGCACGAAGGGAACGCGAGCGAGCCGAGAAAAAGAAACGGAAACAGGAAAGGAAGCUGCUGAAGUCCCAGAACAAACUUCUCGCAGGUGAAAGCUUCCACACCCCCGGAGGCUCAGAGAGCGACAGCGGGGUCUCGCAGUUCACCGACAGCGAGCAGCAGCCUUCCAGCCUCAACGCGAGCAUUCACAUCGACCUGCCUGUGACCAAGGUUGCAGGAGGACUCCAAACUGAAUCCAGCUGCGACCAAACACGACAUGACUUCAGUCAGCUACAGACCCAUCCAAACCAAAGAACUGCAGGAGAACCAGAACAGGUUUCUCCAGGCAGCAUGCACAGUUCCAGUCCUGGAGGUCUGAGGUCCUCUGCCCUGCAGAAACGUAACCCCUUCAGCGUGGAGAGCCUCCUUUCAGAUACAAUACCACGACGGAAAUCUCCGCUGGACUUUUCCUCGCUGCCCAAUCAGAGAACUUUGGUGGGUAAGGGUCACUUCUUGCUUUACCCUAUCACCCACCAGCCUUUGGGCUUUCUAGUGCCCCAAACUGCCCUGAAGGCCUCGCCGUGUCAGGACGGCAGCAACAGACUCAGCCUGGGACAGAGGUGUAUGUCAAGUGAAGGGAGCCCGGCUCCCUCUGACCUCUCCAGCUUUGGCAGCAUCACUACCUGUUUGAACUCAGACCACAUGGAGCCUAACACGCAGCAUCACAACAAUCACCUUAGCAGCAGAGUGGAAGGAAAUGAGAUGGAGGAAGGUGGUGGAGACAGCAUUUCACCCCCUUCUUCUCAUCCUCCUCCAAGCAGCGCGGCUCCCGCAGCUUUGGUCCCGAGCUGCACACAGGCCAGCGACACAGGCGAGGACAGGCCUCUGAAAGUUCCAACAGAGGCAGCAACAAACGACCUCCAUGCUGCAGAAGAAAAGGAUGCAAGAGAGGAGCGAGCAUCUCCAGACCUCUCUGAGUGUCUCCAGGCAAACGCAGACUGUGGAGAAACACCCGGAACAGACGGAGAGGAUGUCGAUAUGGACUAACACUUUGGAGGAGCAAACACAAACAAAGGACCAGGAACAACGCUCACAAACAUUCCCAAAGCUCUGCUCAGACACUCUGAAACAUAUCAGGAAUCAGGAGUCUUAACCCUCAUUUAUUUUUUAAAUCAUGGCCUCUAAGCUGUGGCUUGCCCCCCCCCCCCCCCCCCCCCCCAAGGUCUUGAAACCUGUGAUCCCCUUUUUGAAGCAGUUUUUUUCUCCUUUUCCUUAUUAUUGUUUUUUGUGAACAACUUGUAACAAAAAUAGGAUUCAAUAAAAAGAAAUGGCAACAAAAAUCCUCAGAUAUUGUAAAAAUGAGAAAAUGCUAUUUAUAUGUAAACAUUUUGAUAAAUAAAAGUUUUAAUUGAACUGUU